UUGAGAUAUAAUAGGUCAAUCCACAAAAAUCUUGUAAUAAGGGGCUCUCAUACGAAUUAAUUAAAGGUUGACACGGUCUCAAUUAACUUGGCUAUAGUUUUGUUUAUGUAUAAUUUUAUUCAGACACAUUGAUAAAAGACAUGAAAUACAAAUUUGAAGCUUUAUUUAUUAGUAACUGUCAAUUAAUCGUGGUUCGAUCCAAGUUCGUGAACUUACGCAAUUGUUUAUUCAUAUAAUUAACUAAUUACUACCUUAUUUGGUCACUUGCUCAAUAUAAGUAAGAGAAAAUAUUUACCAAGAUCGCAGAAAUACUUUAGUGCCAAUGGUCUAUCAAUAAGCAGGGAGUGGCUCUUGUUUAUACAAAGUCAGUCAGGCGAUGGACAUUCUCAAAUCAACAUGACGUCUCUUAAGCAGGUGCAUGCUUAUUUUGACCAAUAUUACGCGAGGGAUUAUCAGCUUGAAAUUGCAUGCGGUGAUUCUAUAGAAGAAGCCCCCAAAAAAGUAGGAACUUCAUUGCAGCAUAAAUCACUGCUCGCUGCUGUGACCAGGGCAGCGCUCUGGCCUCUGCGGAUAUCGCAGUUCGCUGGAUUUUUUCCAAUUUCCAUUCAACGACAGAAAAAUGGUGUCAAUAGCUCCUCGAGUGUUGAAGUAUCGGUUGACCUUCUUGCCACUGCUUCCAUCCUCACAUCACCCUCGGCCUGGUGGACCCUGCUUCUCAUCAGCCUCGCCGCAUUUCCCAUAAUCUCCUUUCAAGCUGAUGCUCAGAGGUUUGACGAUUAUUCCGGCGCUUUCGAGUCCAUGGGUCGCAACACCUUCAGGGUGAUUAACACUUUGUGGAUAGUGUUUGGCAACGGUUGCCCUUUUUUAACUAGAAUUGAUGCAAUCCUUCAACGCACAAAAUUCAGACAGUUCUGGACUAAUUUUCUCGAAAUGUUGAGACAAUUUGAUGCAGAAUUAUUGAGUGGAGCGGAACUUUCGUCAAAAUUUGGAGCAUCAUUAAGAAGAAAGUUUCUUGGGCAUGCCGUCAUCAAUUUUUCCGCUUUCUCGGUCGGACUCUACGGAGGUCUCUCGUUUGCGGUGAAUUACGAAGGGGAAACGUACAUUUACAUAAUGGGCAUCUUGCAAGAUGGGUUUCUAAUGAUGCUUGCUUGCUUUCAAGUGUUUGGCUUCACUCUCAUGAUAUUUUUCCUCCUGGUGUACAAUCACUGCUUGGGAGUCAUCUUGACCAAGUUGGAGCAGGGUCAGAAUAGCAACGACGUGAUUUCAAAGCUGAUCAAAUUGUACAAACUAGUUGAUGACCAAGUUCACCAAUUUAAUGCAGUUUUCAACUACAAAAUAGUGCUGGAAGUCUUUUACAAUUUCAUGUCCAUCUUAUUUUACGGAUAUUUCUUGAUUCUAUUCACUAAAAUGCAGGAAAUAAUGUACACUUUGACAAAUGUUGCGAGUAGUCUCAUUUUGAUGGCAUGGUUCGUCUGGUUGGGAAAACAGGGUUCGGAAAUAACAGAGAAAAGCAAGGAGAUUGGCAGGAAAUUGGCCUAUGUCGAACAAAAUGUGGUGCACUUUGUUCCAGUGCAAAAAGCUGGAGCUUGUGAUCAAAACACAAACUAUAAUUGUUACAAAAAAUGGAAUACUUUGGACUGCAAGAUACGGCUGACGACCGUUUCGUACAUACAAAGUUGUCCUCUAACCGUCCAGAAUUCAAUCUUUGACUUAAAUCUCAGAAUGUUGCUGUCGAUUAUCGCUGCAAUUUCAACAUAUCUCGUGAUUAUUGUACAAUUUCAAUCCGUGGAUCGUUCAUAAUCAUUAGCAAAUAGUUGUUUGUUUAGUUAAUUAGAUAGCAUAUUCUCAUGGUGUGGAAAAAA